AACACCAUCCUUGAUAACUUGGUUAAGCUGAGUCAUCUUAUUUUCCAGGUGCAACAUUGUACUCCAGUUAAUCAAUACAGUAAUUUAAGUUGCUGCUACAAUAAUGGAAAAGUAUGAAAAACUAGCUAAGAUUGGAGAAGGGUCUUAUGGGGUUGUAUUCAAAUGCAGAAACAAAACGUCUGGACAAGUGGUAGCUAUUAAAAAAUUUGUGGAAUCUGAAGAGGAUCCUGUUAUUAAGAAAAUAGCACUAAGAGAAAUACGUAUGUUGAAGCAAUUAAAACACCCAAACCUUGUGAACCUCAUUGAGGUGUUCAGGAGGAAGAGGAAAAUACAUUUAGUUUUUGAAUACUGUGAUCACACACUUUUAAAUGAGCUGGAAAGAAGUCCAAAUGGAGUUGCUGAUGGAGUGAUUAAAAGUGUAUUAUGGCAAACACUUCAAGCUCUUAAUUUCUGUCAUCAACAUAACUGUAUUCACAGAGAUGUAAAACCUGAAAAUAUUCUAAUAACUAAGCAAGGAAUAAUCAAGAUAUGUGACUUUGGAUUUGCACGAAUUCUGAUUCCAGGAGAUGCCUACACUGACUAUGUCGCUACGAGAUGGUACCGAGCUCCCGAGCUUCUCGUGGGAGACACUCAGUACGGCUCUUCAGUCGACAUAUGGGCUACCGGCUGCGUGUUUGCAGAGCUCCUGACCAGCCAGCCGCUCUGGCCGGGAAAAUCAGAUGUGGAUCAACUUUAUCUGAUCAUCAGGACUCUGGGAAAACUAAUCCCAAGACAUCAGUCCAUCUUUAAAAGUAACCAAUUUUUCCAUGGCAUCAGUAUUCCUGAACCAGAAGACAUGGAAACUCUUGAAGAAAAAUUUUCAGAUGCUCAUCCCAUGGCUUUGAAUUUUAUGAAGGAGUGUCUGAAGAUGAAUCCAGAUGACAGAUCAACCUGUGCCCAACUCCUGGAGAGCCCCUACUUUGAUUCUCUCCGAGAAGACCAAAUUAAAAGAAAAGCACGUACUGAAGGAAGAAGCAGAAAACAUCAGCAGAAUCAACUAUUGCCUCUCAUACCAGGAAGCCACACCUCCCCCACACCUGAUGGAAGAAAACAAGUCCUCCAGUUAAAAUGUGAUCAUCUUCCAAACAUUUAGGAAAAUGUUCUCUCAGUGGAAAGUAAUUUAAUAUGUACACAUUUUUGUACAAGGGAGAUAGGAAUUCUCAGUGUUUCAAAUGCAAAUGAGCCAUAUGAAAAUUAAGAUGCCUUCUAGAAUUGUUUUGCUCUGAUCAUUACUGAUUCCUCUGCCCAGGCUUUUCACAUGCCAGCUUUAUCUCUUAGAACAUUUUCUUAAAAUGUUAUAAAGUCUGAAACUGCACAUAUGGAGGAGACAUGUUCAAUCUCAUCAGAGCAGCCCCUCUUGAGGCAAUUUAUAUUGAGAAUUUGUGGGCUUAUACUUUGAUUUAUGAACAAGAUUUGCAUAUACCAUCUUGCUUCAGCUGACCACAUACUGUCUUAGAGCAAUUUCAAAUAGCUUGCCUCGCUGCUGUUUGUGUAAGAAAUGACAUUAUGUUUCUGCAUUUUAAUUCACUCUUAUUGUAACCAAGUCUGUUGAGUAAUGCUGCUAUUUUAUUGGGUUUUCGUAUUGGUGUAGGAAGGGAACUUUAAAAUGUCACUUAUGUUUGUUUUUUGAUUCCAGGGUAGACUCUACUUUCUCUUUCUCAUGAGAUAUUGGCGUUUCUGUUUUUAAAGCUAGCAGAAGAAAAUUUUGUGUAUUUACACAGUAAAUAGUGGAUGAGCUACAAGGAAUUACCAUCUUCAUAAUACCCUGGGAUAAUGGGCUGCUGACUCUAAUGCUGUCCUUUGGUGCAUCAUGGUUUCUUCUCCUUUUCUCCUCCUGGCUACAUCUCAGUACCUAAACCUGUCCUCCUGGCUGUAUUUUCUAAAUAGUUUAUCAUCAACAGUCUCUUCCAAACAUUUGCAUCCACAGCUUCUAUGAACUUGUGCCGCUCUAAACUUGUGCAUCAUGGUCAAGUCAGGCCUGUAAACACUUCUGAGAGCAGGAAGAUUCUCUUUCAGUUACCUUCAUUUUGUGUCUCUUACCAAAAAAAGAAGCAAACAAACAAAGCACCUCAAUAGGUAAGCCCAGCUUACACUGUGAUAUUUUCCCAAGUAAGCUUGACAGACCUAUCUACAUACAAACAUAUGUGCAUAUAUAUAUACACAUAUAUGUUUGCAUUGAUAAAUUGUGAAGCAUCAUAGUAGAUGCCUAUUAUCCUGGACAUCUAAGGAUGAUGCCGAAUAUUUAAAGUACUUUGGGUUUGCUAACAAGAAACUCAUGUGAAAUUAUAGCAAUGGGCUGGCUCUUCCUGUCUGGCAUAAAGACUCAAAAGAGUGAGGUUCCUAUCAAUAAAUAUUAAGAUUAUGUCAUCAACUCUUUUUUUGCUCCUAGGUUCAGCAUGCUCACCUGAACAUUUUGCAAAUACACACAAGUUCAGAAAUUCCUUGUAUAUGGCACUAAGACACUAAACAUAAAGUAUUUUAAAGAAACACAGUAAUAACACUUACAUUCCUCUUUAAAAGUUCAUUGCACUUGUAGACCUGGCUUAUAAACUUCCAGAGAAUCUCAUUCAAUCAUCAGGGAGCAUCCCUUUACUAAAGAAUUACGGCAUCUGAGCAGUGGUUCCUUGCUCACUGGCAGGGCAUUCUGAGUGGGCUUAUUUGGCCAUUUAACAUUCUGAGUGUGAAUAUAAGCUGCUAGGGACUUAUUUUCCUGUUAUUAUUAAAAAAAUGUGCCUCUUCAGAGUUGUUAUGUUUCUUGAAAUUUUAAUAAGAUGAUACCACAGGUGCAAGGAAAAUGAGAAAUAAAAGAUAAAAGGCAACUUUGCUAAAAAGAUUUCUUUUUAGCUUUCAUAGUGUUUUUAUCAUGUAAGCCUCUUCAUUGUCAAGCCACUCAUGCUACUCCAGCUCUUGUUAGUGCAUAUAAGCUGCACACACAGAAAUCAGGACAGCUCGAGACUCCAUUACCCAUCUUGUCCUAACUGCCUCAAACAACAGUGAAGAUUUGGGCAGAGUUUGGGAGAAUAAUCGUCUUCCCUUUUGCUUACAUUUGCGAAUUCAAACUAACAUUUCUCAUUUUUUUCCCUUACACAAAUCCAUCAUUUAUGUAUGACUGGAGAGGAGAAAGCAGGUGAUGCUUAGAGAACGAUUCUGAUGCAGUCAUAUUACCACGCAGAACAAUAACUCUUCUGAUGACGUCUGCGUGCUUGGCUUCCCUGCGUGACCCAGGUCACGUAGCACUGCUGCCGCCUGAAUCCCUCAGGCGCACAGAUCUCCGAUUGCAGCUUUUCUCCGUCUCCAGUGCGUGCUGCUCACCUCUGUGCUGCACAGGUCCCUUUGCAUUUCUCAGCCACAUGACAAACAGAUGCACCUCUGGGUCUGGUACCCAAAUGAAGUCAUGACUCUUGUAGAACUUAUCCUCACAGAAGCCCGCAGGAUUCUGUAAUCUCGCCUUUCCUUCACUCUUGUCCAGCUUCUGGCUGACCUGGGCCUUGCCUCACCUGUGCCAGCUUUCCAGCUCUUUAAUUUGUGUAUAAUUUUUUGCUGCUGCACACAUACUGUGCUGUCGUGGUGAGCGGCGCCACCUGAAUAUUUGAAUGUGGUGAUUGUUCCCGCUUGCCCCAACCAUGAAGCACUUGUAGAGGGUCACUUUUUGGAGGUUAUUUUAACUAGACUGAAGCAUUAACAAGCUGUGUUCAGUGGGCUUUUGAAGGCUUGGGAUUAGGGAGGGACUGGGUAAAGACACAGCCUUUAGGCAGGGAAGGAAGAGGUGAGCAGAGAAUAGAUGUCCCUCUUCUGGCGUCUACGCGAUGUCACACGCUUCAUUCACUGCUCUUGCAGAUUCCCCAAACUACAAGGAAGGAGGAAAUUAGUAAGUUCUUUUGACAAAAAUUUUAGUUCUGAAAAUAUUUUAUAGUUCUUUAGCUUACUUGCUAUAGAAUUAUAAUUUUUUUCAAAAAGAUAUCACUUUCUUGGUACUUUUUCACCAUCAAUGAUUUCCAAUCAUGGUUUUGGAGCAAAUGGCACAGAGUAAUCCCAAAGCAUUUUUUUUUAAUUAUUAAAACAUGUUACCAGAAGAGGAAUGUUCCUGAAAUUCCACAAACAGAAAAAAAUUGAGGAGUCAGUGUAAGAUAUUAGAUGAAUCACAAGUAUAGAGGUUUUUAGCACAUAUAGUUAAGACAGAGAGAGAAAAGGCUACACACAGGUUAAAGUAAUGUUCUGGGUACAUGUAUGUGUUUAUCUUAGAUUAAAAUUUUUAACUCAACAACUUCAUUCUUGUUUAGUAGACAACAAAAAGUUUUUAAGAGUGGUAGUUUAGAGAAUAAUAGAAAUAUCACAUGACCUGAGAGUUAGGACUCCAGGUUCUAGGCCUGGCUUGCAACUCUCUAUAUAGACAUGUAACUUUUCUUUGCCUUUAUCUUCCCAUUCUAUAUAAUAAAAGCCUAAUAUGCAAAUUGCCCAAACGGCAGAACGACCGGUUGCUAUGAUGCACACUGACCACCAGGGGGCAGAUGCUCAAUGCAGGAGCACCCCCAGCCUGUAAGCCCCAGGCCUGCCAUGGCAGGUGCCAGCAGGGGCUCUCCAAUUGCCCUGCAGGUCACCCCACAGAUUGACCCUGAUCGUUGGCCAGGUCUAGGGACCCUACCUAUGCACGAAUUUUGUGCACCAGGCCACUAGUUUGUAUAAGAAGAGAGUAGAUAAUCUAGAUGAUCUAAGGCUCCGCUUCAGCUUGGUGUCCUGGGCAUAUCUGCCACUAGAAGAUGCUUUCUAUAGAUUGUUCUACACUAACUUCGGUGUUUAUGAUGUAGCCAGGAGCUUGGAGGUCACUUUAUUUCUCUCUCAUCUCUCACUUGCUUGAUUUCUUUCACACACACAGAAACACACACAACUGCUCCCUGCUAGUUCUAUCAAGUCAAUAGGAGAUUGUAGACAACCAUCUAAUGGAGGUUACAUUUUAUAAAUUAAAGUAGAUUUUAGAGCUAAUGAUCACUAGAUUUUAAUGUAAAUAAAACCGGCAUGCUUUUAAAAUGCAGAAUAAUGCGUAAUAAUUUUUUGAUGUUUUAAUCUAACUCUGAUUAGCUUGGAAAUUACACAUAUGCUGUGAAACAUUAAUUUAAGAUAACCAUUAAGGCAAAGAACAUUGAGUACAUUUCUAACCUCAGUAAAACUUUUAGUAGUUUCAGUAAAUAAUAACUUAAUGGAAUUCUACAAAUAUAUCUGAAUUAUAUUCGUUUUAUAUUUCAGCAGCAGGGUCUUCAGCAACUUUAUAUUUAACUAUAAUUUACAUAAGCUGAGAAUUGGAUUACCCUACUUAACAGGCAUAUAAAUAACUUGUAUUUUUAAAGUUAAAAUUUUCUUUUCUGUUGUGAAUUAACCUUAUCUAACCAUAUCUCUCAAUAUUAUCCAUUGAGGACAUUGUGUAUUUACUUAUUAUUUUACAACAUAUUUCAAAUCACAUGAAAUUAUGGCGAUAUACUAAUUAGCAUUUGAUAAUUAACACAAUGGCAAUAUAUACUGCUAAAAACAAUUCACUACAACACCUUUUUUAGUUGUAUUAUGUUAACUAUAUAAAUACAUAACAUUCUUUAAAUUUAGCUUAAGAUAUAUAGAAAACUUGGUAUGGGAUUAAAUAUUUUGGCGACUUUACAUUUGUAUAUAUAACAACCUGAAUGUGUCCUCUAGCUUAUUUUAAUAAAAGUUAGAAAUAU